CUCAUUGCCUUCUCUUUUGCAGUUUCUCUGUCCCUUCUUCACAGCUCUAAUGGCUGCUUCUACUGUGGAAGUACCAAUCUUCACAGAAACUAACUUGGGCACUCGCAUAGCAAUGGCUGUCCCUCCAGAUAUCACUGCAAGAGACUUCAAGAGAGAAGCUGAAAGAGUGCACUUCAAUUGUUUCCCCAAGUCAGGAGAGAUCAUGAUCCAAGGAUUAAUGGUGAAGCGAAAGUCAUUCUUUUACCAUCUGCCUGAGUCAAUGCCAAUGAAGUAUGCUUUCCAGGGUAAGAAAGGAACAUGGUUUCUGCAUGUGGAAGCACAACCUUUGAGUGAUUUAAGUAGGUCUGGUUUACCCAAGGGUGUGGCUACUAAAGUUGCAGAGCAUGUAUUAUACGAUGGUAGCAAAGAUACCGUUUAUUUGAAACCACCAAACUUCCUUACAAACAAUGUUCAGACUGACACAAGAGGAGAAGGAAAGAAAAGGAGUUCAGAAAGAUCAAACUGCGUUAAAUCUUCCCUACAAGAGCUUCAGAGCACUGUCUUUAUUCCAAAGGAAAAGACAAAUAAGAGAUUGAAGAAACACCAUCUUUUGGAGUGCACAGCAAGUGAAAUAAAGAAGGGAUGUAGUGGUAAAAAUGAAGACGUUCCUGGUGUUACUGCCAAAGAGAGGUCUGAUAUUUGUCCAUCUGCAAAUGAAGUUGAGGCUAGAGAAGGAUUGAGCACCGGUGCAAUAGUGAAGGCAGCCCCAAGUGACGUGUCAUCAGAAGUGGUAUCAGUUACAGCUAUCAUUAAGAGGUAUUUCCCAAUUUCCACUGAGGUGAGCAGUUUUAGCAGCCCUUCAAUCUCUGAUAUUGAUGUCACACAUAGAACCUUUCAAGGUCAAAUGGAAGAACAAUUGAAGACUAAAGCAAUUGAUAAAUGCUCAAGCAUACAUGUUGAUACCCUCCCUGGGUUUGCAGUCAAAACACCACCAAGGAUGUUGCCAUUGCAAACUGCUAGAACUCCAGACUGUUUGGGGAAUAAGCAUGGAAGAUAUAAAGUUGGAAAACGUCUCAUUCUGGCCUCAUCUAAUCUCAGGACUUCUGGAAGCAAGCAAAGACCUGCAAUUCCGCUAUGCAGAUUCAAAGAUGGAAAAGUGUUAGAAUCCUCUAUGGUUAAAAACUCAGUCUUUGAGAUUACUGACAGUGAUGACUGACACUACUUGGAGGCCUCUUGCUGAUUGGGAGUACUAUUGCAUUAAAAUAUUAUGCUCAUGCUGAGGAGAAGCUACUAGGCAGAAGGCUCAUCCUCAUGGUUGGGGCAAAUUAUUUGCUGAGCAAGUGAAAAACAAUAAAUGGAUUAUGAGCAAUUCUUUCUAUGAACUUGGAUAAACACCUGCUCAUCGACAAUCAGACUCAUGAUUCAGUUCAAGCAACAACAACAGAAUACUUUGAGAAACAAACUAAAGAACAACGAAACUCAUGAUUUAGGUUGACCAGCAGUUUUUGAUGCUGAUAUUUUACAUGUUGGUCUUCCACGUAAGCAUUGCUGGGAUUGCCAGGCAUAUAUGAAAAUAGAAGAUAGCUAUUGUCAAGGCUUUUUAAAGAGAAACUGUCUUCAGCAAAGAAGUGCAUACUGGAGCAGGUAAUUGAAGUGAAUCAACUUGCAGUGGUACAUCUACAGUGAGAUCAGUAGUAAGUUUACAACUAAACGAGAUUGAAGACAGUUCUUUCAAGUAAAGCAUUAGUUUUUAAUACUCUGGUGUGGUGUGGUGUGGUGUGGUGUAAGAUUGCAAUGUCUUAGAAAUUUAUUUCAAUUUUCACUGUGUUGGUUCUAGCGAUAAGAGAAAGAGUGAAGUACUUUAAUUUUUUUUUUUAAUUUAUAUAUACGAAGUAUUCAACGAUGAAGAUUUAUUCUUUUCAA